AUGAGCUAUCAGCUAGCCCCCCUCUGCCUGCUGACCCUGCUGCUGCCACCCCUCAGGCCAGGGGCCCCCAUCUCCCCAGCUGAGCCCAUCAGUCAAGCCUACAGCCUGGCUCUCUACAUGCAGAAGAACACGUCAACACUGCUGCAGACUUACCUCCAGUACCAGGGCAGCCCCUUUAGUGACCCUGGCUUCUCAGCCCCUGAGCUUCAGCUCAGCAGCCUGCCUCCUGCUACCGUCUCCUUCAAGACCUGGCAUGCCCUGGAUGAUGGGGAGCGGCUGGGCCAUGCCCAGGGGGCCUUCCUGGCCUUGACCCAGCACCUCCAGCUCGUAGGAGAUGACCAGAGAGACCUGAACCCUGGCAGCCCUAUUCUACUGGCUCAGCUCGGAGCUGCAAGACUCAGGGCCCAAGGCCUACUGGGCAACAUGGCUGCCAUCAUGACUGCGUUGGGCCUGCCCAUCCCCCCAGAAGAGGACACUCUCGGUGUUGUCGCCUUUGGAGCUUCAGCUUUUGAGAGGAAAUGUCGAGGCUAUGUAGUGACCCGGGAAUAUGGCCACUGGACAGACCGAGCCGUGAAGGAUUUGGCUCUGCUCAAGGCCAAAUACCCUGGAUAGAGGAGGCAGGACUUAGUGGCAGAGGCUGCAACACUUUUUUCCCGAUGGACUUUCUCCUGCCUUGCUUCUUGGCUAAAGGAGACACAUCUUGUCUAGCAGACAGGGCUUGUUUAUUUGGGAAUAUUUCCUAGGAACCAGGCCUCAAGUCCCUAUUGCCUGGGCCUUUCCUGGCUAGGUCCUAUGGCCUCCCUUCUAGAUCUGGGUGGGACUCUAUAGGUAUCAUGUUGCGGUUUCUUUCAAUCCCGUGGUCCUUGUUGGCCCCAUCUUGGGUGGAAAGAAGUUCUGGGGCUCUCCCUGAGACCUUUUUCUUCCUGUAAUUUUGGGGAGGUCCAGGGGCUGCCUUUUUGUUUCUACCUCACUUCCUGCAUGAAGCUAUGGAGCUUCUGAGCAGACAGGUCUCCUCUUCUGGCUGGAGUUCAUUGCCUCCCCUAGUCUACUUCCCUGACUCUAGCCACUGUUCCAACUCUCCAUCUUGAGGGACUUCACUUCCUGAUCAAUGGAAGUCCAACUGAAAAAGUAAGGACUCCUAUAGACGUUUCCAGCUCAGGACACAUCUACUUCCAGUUCUAGAGUGACAGAUGAUAUCCCUGGCCCGGGGCAUUUGCGAAUCUCCUAUUUAUCCUGUAGCUUUUGGGUAUGUCUGGGGAACCAGGUUGCACCCAAGAAUCCUAUUCUCCUCAAAGGGGUCUCCCCAUUCUCAACAACUAUAUAUACUGGUAACUUUA